AUGAACCGACCAAUCAGGAUCGAGGAUCUGAAUCGCGGUAUCGUUGUGUUCUAUCCAAUGAGUAUAUAUACAGGUUCUGUUCUAUAUCGGGCGGGAGGUCCUAUGCUACUCUGGCAGCCGGUGGUGGCGGGAGGCCGGGCCGAGCUCCCGCCGGUCUUAAUGUGUCGCACCCAGCGCGGUCAUGCUACAAUCAUGUCUGAUGAAGAACAGAUUGAGACAGAAGUAGAAGAAUCUACGACGAGAAUGUUAACGGCUGAAUAUAAAGACGGAAAACUUCAAAUAGUUGAGGUAUCACCAUAUCACAAAGGGACAAAAUUAGAAGCCCAAGAAAUCGAGGCUCAAGAAUCUGAGAGUGAGGACGGCCAAUACAUGCAGGUUUUGGAUGGAGACAAAAAUGUUGUUCUGGAUCUAUUGAAUCUGACAUUGGUUCGAUGUGGAGACGGUGAACAAUCAUAUAGAUUGGUUGGAAACAAUGAUGAAACAGUGACCUGUGUACUGGCUGAAGAUGAUGGUCAAAAUGAUCAAGAAUCAUAUGUGGUGGUUGAAGGAGACUCGGAUCAAGGGCCGUUGGUGUUCCUACAGUCAGAUAUAAGGACUGAAACAAAGCCACAGAAGCCAGUGAUGUCACCGACAGAGAUAUUGGAGAGAGCGAAGGCGUUACAAAAGGCGAAGAGUCUCCUCAAUCACAGCGGGGCUUCUCGAGGGCGAAGCUCCCUGCCUCCGCCCCACGAGCUGCUCUCCUCACCAGCAUUCAAACUGUUCCUGUACUCGUGUAAACUGUGCAACUUCAAAUGCAACGCUAUCAAGGAGUUGACUAAACACAAGGCGUCGGAGCACGGCGGCGGGGCGGGCAAGUGGCGCGGUCGAGCGGCUGCUAGCUCGCUACAGUGUGCGAGGUGUCCCUACAGAGCCAACACACACUCACAGUUGAUUCGCCACGUGAAGGAUCGUCACUUGGACAGCGGCAGCGAGUAUUAG